AGAGCUGUGCAGAACCAGUUUCGCUAAGAACUGCUGAGCGUGAGACUGCAUGUACCUGGCAACAAGACAGUGUUAAACGAAGAAGGCUCGACAUAAAAAUGAAAAGACACGUGAGCGUAGCUGCAGCAAUCAUUUUGCAAGCGUAACUACCUUUUAGUCUGACGUCAGUUUCUUUUGACCUUCGGUCUUCAAAUACGGAGGUUUAGUUUUGUCGUAGUCAUCAGAAGUUAAGUACAAAAAUGAAUUCUUCGAAAUAUUUUAAUUUUGUUUUCUGUGCUGUGCUCCUUGUGCAAGUUUUGGUGAUUCAGAGCGAAGAAGAGUCGGUUUGUUACGCAGAACUAGGUUGCUUCUCGGUGGACGAGCCCUGGAGCGGUCCUCUACGACCAGUUCCUCUUCCUGAAGACCCCAGUGUCAUCCAGACAAGAUUCUAUCUUUACACAAGAAGGCGACCUACAAAUCGUUAUUAUGUGAAGACUUGGCCAAAUAUUGACAUGAAAAAUUCAUACUACAACGGAAGUAAGGAAACUGUGUUCAUCAUUCACGGAUUCAUGUCGACAGGUAACGACACCUGGCUGAAUGACAUGAAGAACGCUUACCUAAAUAACGUUGAUGCAAACGUGUUCGUUGUUGACUGGGGAGUUGGAGCUAGCGAUGGAGAAUACAACAAAGUCUGUGCUAAUAUUAGGGUCGUCGGAGCCGAGAUCACAAGGCUCAGCAGAUAUUUAAUCCAGAGAGAGAGGGCAUCGCCCAUAAGAUUUCACAUGAUUGGGCACAGUCUAGGGGCACACACCGCGGGCUACGUUGCUAAGAGCAUACCGGGAGUUGGACGCAUUACAGGUCUGGACCCAGCCCAGCUGUUAUUCGAGGGUUUCAAGAAGGAGGUGCAAUUGGACGCAGACGAUGCCUUGUUCGUGGAAGUGGUGCACACAGACGCUAAGCCCGCUGUCCCGCUUUUGGGGGCGGGCAUUCUAAGAGCAGUUGGUCUGCACCUGUUUGCUGCAGGACACGUGGAUUUCUAUGUGAACGGGGGUUGGAGUCAGCCCGGUUGCCAGAUUCCUGUUAUUAGUCUCCAGAAGAUUGCUUCGCGAGGCAUUUCGUUCACUCCUGUUGAAGAUAUUGUAGACUCAGUGAUAUGCCCUCAUAAUCGGGCCUUUGAAUACUACACAGAAGCUCUUGCCUACCCGAACUGCACUUUCUGGGGUAGAAAGUCUGGCUUUAUCAAGUCUGCAGUAAGCAUUCUGAGUCUCGGUUGGCUUUCGAGGGCUUUCAACUAUCCAUCUGACUGCUCCAUAACGACCUGCACUCCACUGGGAUUCAGAACUAUCGAUUUCCCUGCCAGAGGGUCCUUUGAGGUUGCUACAUAUAAUUCACCACCCUACUGUAUUUCAGAAGAACAGGUGGAUGCGAAAAUGGAACGUGAGCUAUCCUUGUAUUUAUAUAACAGCGCAGACGUCAUAUGACGAGUUAGCGAGAAGUCUGAAUAUAUUAUGUAGCUGUAUAAAAUAAAAGUUGUUAUUAGGUGUUUUUAAAACUUGCGUUGAUUGUCUGUUUUAUGGAGAUUGUGAAGUAAGUAGAUUUUCGGGUUAUAUGACAUUUGAGGUACUGACAGCGGUAGAGUAUCGGCAUUGGCCUUCUGGGUUCUAAUGACAUGUGUACUUGAGGUAGAUACUGAUGGUUUAUAAAUACUGUAAUUAGACAUAUACCAACAAUUUUUCUAAGAAGACUCAGCAGAAUUAUGUAUGCAUUUUAUACCAUCUAGUACGCAUGACCAGCCCAUUAUAACCUUGAUUUCACUAUCUUAAUAAUACUGUAUACAUCAAAGUUCCUCAUAAUGUAAUACUGUAAACUGCCCUCCAAUUUGAUCAGUCAAAUGUCCAAAUAUACUCCUGUGCACUUUGGUUUAAAAUAUUCUGAUUUAUCUGGAAACAAUAUGGGAUUAUCGUUUACAUAUGUUUGCAUUACUAUAUUAAGUGUUUAAAAUUCAACAAAAUUCAGUUGACCAUCUACUGAACUUCCACAUAAGCCUUAUUCAAAAUUAUACUACUUAUAGAAAAAAUGGCAAUGCUUACUAAAGAAACGGUGUACAGAGAGUACUAAAUAAAUGAUUUUGCCAAUUACA